AUGCAAGCCUUUACAAGCAUAAGGAAUAUUAUUUUUAUAAUAAGUGGCGGUGUUUUAACGUUUGUAAUUUUGUUUAUUUUCGCGAAGAGGCAAAUCACAAGAUUUGCUUUAAGAUCUCGAAGAGGACCUCAUGUACCUAUUGGCACCGAUGCAAAGAAAAGUCUAAAGAAGGAAAUUGAACGGCGAAUAGAAGCAAUCCCUAGGAUAGUUUAUGAACCACGUCUUUUGAGCGCUGAACCGUCGCAUUACAUCUUGGAACCACAGCAGCCCUACCACUACCGCUUCAGAGCAGUUGAUGAUGUAAAAACUUUAGAGGAGGAAAUCAGGCGGCAGGAGCCAGGGCUGCGGCGGCGGGCCGGCGAGUCUCUGCGCUCGUUCCUGCUGGCGUCGCUGGCGGCGCCGCUGGACGGGCGCGGCCAGAAGCUGGUGCACCAGCUGUGCGACGCCUACGAGUGCGCGCGCCACCACCCCGCGCCCUUCGCCGAGGACGAGUACCGCGCCUACGCGCGCCUACUGCUCAAGCUGCUGGACGCCGCGCGGCUGCUGAAGAGCGUCGGCGCCUGCGGGCGCAGCGCGGCGCGCGACAGCCCGCAGCGCCGGCCCGCGCGCCUGCUAGACGCCUCGCGCCUGCGGCCCGGCGCGCUGGCAGCCCUGCCCGCGCUGCACAACCAGUACACGGCGCUCGAGAACAUGCCGAUAGAGUCCAAAGUGGAGGACGAAAUAAUCCGAGUCCCAGUGAAGAGUCCCACUGAGGUCCAAGUGAAGGGUCCGGCAGACGAGACGGCUGUCUGA